AUGACCUCCCUCCGAAAGGAGAUGGCCAAACUCCAAGAACGUAACAAUCUCCUCUCGUCCAAAGUGGACGAAACCCAACGGUUGCUUAAUCAGCAGGAAACACAAAACGUUCGGACCACCGAAUCUUCCCAGAGUCAGCAGACCCCCGGUCGGCAGAGGAAGGGAAAACAGGGGGCAAAGGCAACGCCUGCGCCUUCCAAGCAGCUGGUGGUCCCAGCACCCCAGGACCAACCGCACGUACCGAAGAAGGUGUACACCGAUUGUCGUCACCGGAUCAACGACAAGAAGGAUGCCGAACGGCAUAGGUCACCUAUCAGAGUAAAUGCCAACUUGAGGGAUUCCCGGAUGAGGGUCUUGGGGGAUAAAUCGCCCCUUCGGAGGGCUCAGGGUUUGGAUUCGGCGCAGGAAUCCGAUGAUGAGUACAUCCCCACCCGGGACACCGAAUCAAGCUACCGUUCAUAA